AUGGCACCCCCAUCUCUUCGCAUUGGAGCCAUGCUUGAGGCUGUCCAGGUAUCAGACAUCGUCGGCGCCGACAUCCUUGGCAACCUCUCCGCUCAAUACGUCCGCGAGACCUCCGCUAUGGGCCUUUCGGAUUUCUCUCACCACGCGCCAGAGAUGGAGUUCAUCUGCCCGGCAACCACGCUCGAACCGAUCUUCGUAACGCCCGGGAUCAAAGUGCAGCCAACGCACACCUACGACGAUGCCCCUCGGGAGCUGGACAUCCUGCUCAUCGGUGGCCCCAUGCUGACGCACCGUCCGGAGGCCGCGGACCGUUUCAUGAAAGAAACCUAUCCGAAGACCAAGAUCGUUAUGACGACUUGUGUCGGCGCCAUGUGGCUCGCGAGCUCGGGCGUUAUGAAUGGAACCAAGGCGACGACGAAUCGCGAGUGCUUGCCGAUUGCGAAGCAGUUGUAUCCCGACGUCGAGUGGCUGGACCAGAGAUGGGUGAUCGAUAGCAAGCAGUGGACGAGUGGAAGGGCGGGCGCUGGUGUUGAUAUGAUGGCGACCUAUGCCUUGGAGAAUUUUGGCCAGACGUUUGUCUGGUCGAUGGGGUUGAAGCUGCUGUAUUCUGAUCCGAUUGCUAGGGGGCAGUUCUACAAAGAUCCCUCGCAGUGGCCUCAGGCUAUGCUGGAGCAGGAUUGGAAGAGAGUGUUUGCCGGCGGGGACCGGGGGGUUUAA